CUAUAUGAAAGGAAAAGGCAGCCACAUCCCCAGCUCUCUCUCUCUCUCUCUCUCUCUCUCUCUCUCUACAUUUUCUGUGCAGAUCUUGAGAGCUAAAUCAGAACAUAAGCAUCACUGUUACAAACUAAACCUGCAUCAGAAAAUGGAGCCUCGGUGCUUCUCAGCCGUUGGAUCCAUAGCCAAGCUCACCAGCUUCACCAUUCUGCUCGCCUUCUUGCUUUCCUGCUUCACUUUUACUUCUACAGAAGCCUAUGAUGCUCUUGAUCCCACUGGGAAUAUAACGAUUAAAUGGGAUGUCAUCAGCUGGACUCCGGAUGGUUAUGUUGCAGUAGUUACCAUGUUUAACUUCCAGCAGUAUCGACAUAUACAAGCGCCAGGUUGGACUUUAGGAUGGACAUGGGCGAAGAAGGAAGUAAUAUGGAGCAUGGUGGGAGCACAAACAACAGAACAAGGGGAUUGCUCAAAAUACAAGGGGAAUGUCCCACAUUGCUGUAAAAAGGAUCCCACAGUUGUAGAUUUGUUGCCUGGAACCCCAUACAAUCAGCAGAUUGCAAACUGCUGCAAGGGGGGAGUCAUGCAAUCGUGGAUUCAGGACCCACCCAAUGCCAUAAGUUCGUUUCAGGUCAGUGUUGGUGCUGCUGGAACAACUAACAAAACUGUCAGACUGCCGAAAAACUUCACAUUGAGAGCACCGGGGCCUGGAUAUUCUUGUGGGAUAGCAAAGAUUGUUAAACCAACCAGAUUUCUAACAUCGGACAAAAGGAGAUGGACCCAAGCCAUGAUGACCUGGAACGUUACAUGCACGUACUCGCAGUUUCUAGCUCAAAAGACACCCACGUGUUGUGUUUCGCUCUCCUCCUUCUACAAUGAAACCAUAGUGAGCUGUCCCACUUGUGCCUGUGGCUGCCAGAACAACGCUACAGACCCAGGAAGCUGUGUAGAGCCAAAGAAUCCAUACUUAGCUUCAGCUGUAGCUGGUUCCGGGAAAUCUGCUAAUACUCCUCUAGUCCAGUGUACCAGUCAUAUGUGUCCAAUCCGAGUACAUUGGCAUGUUAAGCUCAAUUACAAGGAUUACUGGAGGGUGAAAGUCACAAUUACAAAUUUCAAUUACAGAAUGAACUACACGCUGUGGAAUCUUGUCGUGCAACAUCCAAACUUCGAUAAUUUGACCAAGAUUUUCAGUUUCAAUUACAAGUCAUUAACUCCUUAUGUUGGCUUAAAUGAUACGGCCAUGUUGUGGGGAGUAAAGUUUUAUAACGAUUUCCUCUCGGAAGCUGGUCCACUUGGAAAUGUGCAGUCAGAGCUCCUAUUUCGAAAGGAUACUUCAACUUUUACUUUUGAAAAGGGUUGGGCUUUCCCUCGAAGGAUUUAUUUCAACGGAGACAACUGCGUCAUGCCACCUCCUGAUGCCUACCCAUGGUUGCCGAAUGCUAGUCCCAAACGAAUUAUUAGCAUACUUGGUCCAGUCAUGACCGCCUUCGCAUCUCUGGUAAUCUUAUUGGCUUAUGCGUAGUGAGUAUGUUCGGGCUAGGCGGCAAAGGCCAUCAGUUUUAUCAAUACACUCUAGAAUUUCCCAUCAAGUUCAGGUUUCCCCAAGACUUAUGGGAAAUCCAAGUGAUGAUGUCAAAUGUAUUAGUGCUGUGGCUUCUACAAGCGGUUCAGGUGCACUCCGGCUUGACUUUCGCUACAAAAUUCUGUUUCGUUAUCUGUUACACGUAUUACAUUUUUUCUUUGUCACCACUGUUUUUGUUCAAGUUUAGCUGUUGUGCGAUUAUUUAGAACAAUCCAAAGUGAAUAUGUUGUUAGUGCUAUAUGAUAUUUCAUAAGAAAUUAAAGAUGAUGUAGGAGUCUUGUUCAUAGAUUCCUGUUGAAUUCCGAA